AUGACUGCUGGCCCGCCGGGCCCAGGCCUGCCCUUUCUUACCGGACUUUCCCUCGAUACGCCGGCCCGGGCCUGUCCUCUCUUCUCCCCCACACGCCGGCCCCGGGGCCGCCGCCUCCUGCACGCCCGCCGGCCCGGGCCUGCGCUGCCUCUCCUCUCCCCUUCCCCACACGCCGGCCCCGGGGCCGCCGCCUCCUGCACGCCCUCCGGCCCGGGCCUGCGCUGCCCCCCCCCCCCCCACGCCGGCCCCGGGGCCGCCGCCUCCUCCACGCCCUCCGGCCCGGGCCUGCGCUGCCCCCCCCCCCCCCACGCCGGCCCCGGGGCCGCCGCCUCCUGCACGCCCUCCGGCCCGGGCCUGCGCUGCCCCCCCCCACACGCCGGCCCGGGGCCGCCGCCUCCUCCACGCCCUCCGGCCCGGGCCUGCGCUGCCCCCCCCCCACCCGCCGGCCCCGGGGCCGCCGCCUCCUCCACGCCCUCCGGCCCGGGCCUGCGCUGCCCCCCCCCCCCCACGCCGGCCCCGGGGCCGCCGCCUCCGGCAAGCCCACCUUCCCCGGCUUUAGGCGCGCAGAGAGGGAGGGCAGCCGGGAAGAGGAGAGCCCGGCGUCUGGGGCUGGAGAAGAGCCGCCGGGUGGGUCUAGGGCGGCCCAGUGGGCGGAGCCUCCCGUCCCACCCUGGCGUGCGCCCUGAGGCGCAGGCGCAGGGGCGGGGCCGGGCCACGGGCUCGGCAACUUUUCGCACCCAGGCUGAGGAUAAAGCGAGCUGGCGCGGCGGGGACCUGGCCUGCGAGGUACACCAGGGGCCGCAGCGGGGACCUCCGGGUCGGCUUGCCUUGCAGGGAGGCGCCGUGCGGGGCAGGGCCCUGAGGCCGGGAUACGCGCAUGCGCGCUGGCGGUGGCCGCGCCGGCCCGGAGCCACCUUGGACGCGCUUCUGUGA